AUGCCCCAUCUGUUGUACGCGCUUGAUCAGCUUGCACAGGGCAUACCACGUGAUCAGGACCUAACCACGUCCCGGAUAGCGGUGAUCGGCGACCGAGGCUGUGGCAAGACCUCUUUCACGGCGCGCUGGUGUCAUGGCGGUCUCCCUCUACUGAAGUGUCCUGACAUAAGUACGGUGGAAGACAUUUACCAUCGUAGCAUCUAUUACCCAGCACUCACGGGAUCUAGCAAUUACAACGAGUACUCCAAACUGCAGCUGCAUUUGCUCAGUAACGUAGUCGAGUUUUGCGAAACUGGGCUCUCUGACUCCCUCGGAGAUCGGGAGCCAAUUCCGCAAAGUCGACGGAACGAUAUUCUAGACGUCGAGGUGCUGGAGGGCGCCGAUUUUGAACAAGCAGAUUAUUCGGAACUGGCCACUCUCCAGAUCAAUCAAACAGACGGUUUCAUGUUGUGUUUCGAUGUCACACGCGCAGAGUCUUUGGAAUAUGUUCGGUUGUUGUAUCGUCAAAUUUGGAAAAUACGAGGAGACGAUGUGCCCAUUGUGAUUUGCGCUAUGAAGUCGGAUGUGUUUCAUGAGGAAAGGGAAGUGGAACUACGACAAGUCGCGGAAUUAUGUGAUGAGCUACAACUGCACAUGGACGAAACUUUUUUUGAAGUGUCCGCGUUUGAGGAUUACGGUAUCCACGAAUCGUUUUACCGUAUCCUUGGAGACAUCGAAGCCCACAAGAAGAUGCUGAGAGAUCAGCGUAAACUUAAGGAUGAUGAAAUCACACAAUGCGGGCUUUCUGAGAAACUAGCUACAUUUGAUAAAGCGCCAAGCUUCAUGGCUCCUCGUGACGAUUCCAACCAAACUACAAAGAUCGCUCUUGAUGAAUCUCCUCAAACUUCGGUAACACCCGAGUCAGCAGAUACGGAGAAAUAUUCCCAAUACUCACACUCGCGGAAAGAGCGCUCUCGUCAAAUGGCACUGCCGCAAAAAUCGGAAACUAACAAACGUGCAUUCUCCUGCGGAUGCGUUAUUUGUUGA